UAAAACCAAAGCGCUUGAAGCUUUCUAUCUACCACCUCUGGCAUUAAUCUUUCAAAGCUUUAUUGAACGCACUACUGCAGAAAUCAAAAUACCAGUUUCGUCUUGUAUUUCUAGAAAUAGAGGGAAAAUGUCUGCUGCUAUGUGCGACAUCAGACCGCUAACAGAAGAUGAAGGGCGCUACCAAGAUGUGUUUUACAAUGCAUUCUAUCAGAUCACACAGUCAGAUAAUGUUCUCCUUGAAAAAGUGAAUCAAUAUUUUGACACUAAAGUGAUGAAGAAGCUGACUGAUGUCUUUGGUCGUGACGAAGAGUUCAGCCUUCUAGGUGUAGGAGUCGGUGAAGGACCUCAUGAGUACCAUUUCCUGAAGCGGCUUCAGACUUGCUUCUCGACCACAUACGCUGUUGCAGUGGAACCCAAUGAAGUCUUGCUGCAAACGUUCAAAGAUAAAGUCGCUUCGUUGAAUUCGAACGGAAAUGGUUCUGUCUUCUGUCACGGCUUCCAUGGCCCCCUUUCGGAGUUUGUUUCUGGGAGCCCAUUGGUGAAGAAACGGUACAAUCUCAUCUCCUCCAUACAUUCAAUCUACUACACCGGUGACAUUGAGACGACCUUCACCCAACUGACGAACAUGAUGAAGGAGAACGGUCUCAUCAUCGUUGUUGCUAAAAAUGAAGACCUUAUGUCGAAAACGCACAGCAAGUUCACGUGGCUAUGGGAAAAAACUCAAUCCAACCCCGCACAGUCUUCCAAGAAUCUACAUAAAGUAGCUGAAAGUAAGGGUUAUGACGUUACAGUUGUCGACAUUCCUAUGCAAUGGGACAUCACCGAAGUGUUCGACGACCAGUCUGAUUUCGGGAACAAACUCAUCGAUUUCUUCACACAGGGACUGUAUUUUCGGCAGACAGCGCCCUCUGAGGUGAUGGGUGACUUCUUGAAAUUCUGGCGUUCUAUUUCGGCAGAAGAUAAAGAUGGACGUAUCCUGUCCCCGUCCCAUAUUGAAUUGCUUCUCAUCUCGAAAUAGUUUACUGGUUGGCUAUCACAGUCAUUAAGAGCAUGACUGUACGCAGCGUGUGUGGGGGGGGGGUGAGAGGGGGUGGUUGGCAGAUGGACAUGCCCCCAUAUUGAAAACUUAUAUUUUUACUGAUUUUUUUAAAACAAAAUUUACCAAAAUGGUACAGGAAUCCCUCAAUUUACUAUAGAAAAUGCAAAAGCGUCCCAAUGACAAACUGGUCACUUUGCUCCCUCUUUUUUAUAGCUUAUUUGAAUUUUACGCGUCUUACCCCCCCCCCCCCCCGAAAAUCUGUGUACUGCUAUGGUUCAGAGCAAAGUUUGUAUUUUCAUUUAGUUUUUAGGUUGUUCUUUCACACGUUAACAAGAACUUUUACCCCUGGUGAUAAUCGGUAUAGUAGUAUAACGGAGUUGUUUUAGAAUUAAUCAUUUAUUACGUAUUGAACGAGGGGAUGGAUUAAGUCAUUCUGAUUUUUUUGAAAGUCUGUAAGUGGACAUUUUUCCAUCAGUAUCACUAAUCAAAAUUUAUUAAUCUAUUCGAAAAUAGAUCAAUAAUUCAAUUCUUUUUCCAAUCUCUUGCCCCCGUCUUUGGAAUACUGACUCCCCCAUCUCUCCAAAAUAUCUCUUUUCUCGACCUUUUAAACCAUAAAAACACACCUGUACAACUUAAUUCAUGAUGUUAACAACGCUUUGUAGCCUUUGGAAAAAGCACUAUAUAAAUCGAAUUAUUAUCAUUAUUACUUAUAAAAUAAUUUAGUAUUAAUGACAUGGAUGACGAAAGCUUAAGCGGGUGUUAUUUUUCGUCCUAGAAUUUUCCGUAUAGCUUUUUUUAAAAUUUUCCAAACCUAUUUUCAUCUUCCACAAUUCCAACAUAUUGCACCGAAAGUGUACAUCAGCUCACCCAAUUUG